AUGUCGUACGCUUAUCUCUUCAAGUACAUUAUCAUUGGGGACACAGGAGUUGGGAAAUCAUGUCUCCUACUGCAAUUCACUGAUAAGAGGUUUCAGCCAGUUCACGACUUGACGAUUGGUGUCGAAUUCGGAGCUAGAAUGAUCAAUAUCGAUAACAAACAGAUCAAGCUGCAAAUAUGGGACACGGCUGGUCAAGAGUCAUUCAGAUCCAUUACAAGGUCUUACUACAGAGGAGCUGCUGGAGCACUUCUAGUUUAUGACAUUACCAGGAGGGAAACAUUCAAUCACUUGGCCAGCUGGUUGGAGGACGCGCGACAGCAUGCGAACUCUAACAUGACAAUCAUGCUCAUUGGCAACAAGUGUGACCUCGCGCAUAGAAGAGCUGUGAGUGCUGAAGAAGGGGAACAGUUCGCCAGAGAGAACGGUCUGGUGUUCAUGGAGGCUUCUGCCAAAACCGCCCAGAACGUUGAGGAGGCAUUCAUAAACACCGCCGGUAAGAUCUACAAGAAGAUUGAGGAUGGUGUUCUUGACAUAUCGAAUGAGUCCUAUGGGAUCAAGCUUGGCUAUGGAGGACAGUCUGGACCAUCUACUGGAAGUGGCUCAGCUACUCAAGGAGCACCGUGUUGCGGCUAA